UUGUUUCCACUCUCCCACCAAAUCAGCACCCUAUUCAAACAAGGACCUUUUUAUGUCUUUUCACCACAACUUCGGAUGAUCCACAUGAUCCUGGGUCGUGCCCGACUUGAAUUCAGUUGUUUUUUAAUGCAACCCGGGUUGCUCCAUGACAUUUGGGUCGAACAGCCUGGGAAAGUUUUACGCAAUAAGGCGUGCGAUUUGGUUAUCUUCAAAUUUCAAAUUUGGAAGUUAAUGGCCUCCUACUACUGCUAUUACUGUGGACACGGUGAUCUCGGUGAAGCAUCAUUUUGUGAUGGAUCCGUUAAAUUUGUACUAACCGUGAAAAUCAUGUUAUUCAUAGGUUUGAAGCGGCCUCCUCUUUCUCCGCUGUCACCGUCGUCUCUACGAGAAAGGCAGAGGAGACAGUGUGCUGCCAACGACUCCAGCGAUGGCAACGGAAGCAUACUUUGCAAAGAGAAUCAGAACCCAAUUCGAAAAGCGCAAACCUGUAGUCCCGGAGGUAAUACCAUAUCGCGUAAUGUGCACAAGGGCAGCCUAAAGCCUUCCCAGUGUUCCGCCGGAAGCGUGGCGGAAAGCGUAGUCACAGCGGAGAACCAACACAAGUAUUUGAAAAACUUUUGCCCUGCUACAAGGAAAUCUUUUCUUGGGAAUAGAGGAGGCUUAUGCGUUAGCUGCUAUGACUUUAUCAGUUAAAAAGAUGAUGUUCUUACUAAAGCUCAAAUGGAAGACUUCAUUUCUGCGUCCUAUUAUUGUUCCCAAACAGAGGCAACAAUGUGUCUCAUUCUACUCCACUAUUCCACCUGCCUUGCCAUCUUCAACUUUUCGAGACUUAUGCAAUGUUGUUUGUAAUGGCACUGGCAGUUUAGAUGACCUGGAAUUGAGUCUGAGCAAAGUCAACAUUCCUUUGACUUCAUCCCUCGUUACCAGAGUUCUUGAAUCUUGUAAGCACCAAGCUGCUACAAGAAGGCUGCUCAGAUUUUUUCUAUGGUCUCGGACAAAUUUGGAAUCAAGAUUGGAGGAUGGGGAUUUUAAUUUUGCAAUUCGUUAUUUUGCUGAGACAAAAGACUUCACUUCGAUUGAUAUUUUAAUUUCAGACUUUGGUAAGGAUGGGAGGGCAAUGGAAACAACUACCUUUGCUGAAGUUGCUCAUACAUUGGUUAAAUUGGGCAGGGAAGACCAGGCAUUGGGUAUUUUCAAAAAUCUCAAGAAGUUUAAGUGUACUCAAGAUAGUGCUACAGUCACCGCUAUUGUCAGUGCUUUAUGUGCGAAAGGGCAUGUGGAGAGAGCAGAAAGGGUUAUUUGGCACCAUAAAGACGCGGUUUCAUGUGUGAAGCUUUGCAUUUAUAGAAACCUACUCUACGGGUGGUGUGUCCGGGGGAAUGUUAAAGAAGCACGACGAAUAGUCAAAGAUAUGAAUUCUUCUGGAAUCAUGCCAGAUCUUUAUUGCUUUAACACAUUCCUUAGGUGUAUUUGUAAGAGAAGCCUGAAAUCUAAUCCUUCUGCUUUAGUUCCAUCUGCUUUUAAUUUGAUGAUGGAAAUGAAAACCUACAAUUUGGAGCCAACCGUAGUUACUUAUAAUAUAUUGCUUUCCAGCUUGAGCAAGUGUAGAAGAGUCAAAGAAUCUAUAAAAAUUCUUGAUACUAUGAAAAAUUCUGGUUGCUCUCCCGAUUGGUUUAGCUACUAUCUUGUUGCUAGGGUGCUGUAUCUAACUGGUAGAUUUGGUAUAGGUAAGCGAUUAGUUGAUGAAAUGGUUGAAGUUGGAAUUGUUCCGGAAGGCAAGUUCUACUACGAUUUAAUUGGCGUUCUAUGUGGAGUUGAGAGGCCAAAUUAUGCUCUUGAGCUUUUUGAAUUGAUGAAGAAAAGCUCUUUAGGUGGUUAUGGACCAAUUUAUGAUUUGAUUAUACCAAAGCUUUGUAGAGGAGGAGACUUUAUAAAGGCCAGAGAACUUUGGAACGAGGCAACAGCUAUGGGUGUUGAUCUCCAAGUGUCCAGUGAUGUGUUGGACCCUUCUGUUACUGAGGUGUUUAAGCCAACAAGAAAGGUGGAAGACAAGAUAUGUACUGUGAACCAUACAAAGUCUAAAAGGAUUCUGGCAGUUCUUAAUAACUUGAAAAGGGGAAGAAGGAGAAGGAUGUAUAAGAAGAAGCAUACAUCAAAACAGAAGAAUAAAGCCUAAUAAUGUUUAGUAUGUAUAGAGGUACUCUUCCUUGUUGCCAUUCCUUUAUGUUUCUUCUUGCUCUCACCUCUGCCUUGUGAACUGCACUGAGCUGUAACGAAAUGAAGCUGGUUCAUAUAUAAAAAAGGGUGAUAUGCAUGAUAAUCAUAGGGUGAUUUUGAUGAUAAAUGCAAAUUGAUUAUGUUUAUGAGAUUUGUAGAAUAAAAUGUAAGGAAUGGAAAAAAGAUUUUUAUGAGAGAAUGUUACUAUGGAAAAAAGAAGAAAACCGCUUCAUUAUUAGAA